CUUGGCGAGAUUGGCUCUCGGAUCACCAUGUCUUCACAACCGCAGCACGACUGGUAUACGAGCUCGUCCACGCAGCAGCAAUGGAUCCCAGAUGGUGCGCAGACGGACCCGGUCACGCCUGAGAAUGAAGAGAUUACGGAUCAGCCGACUGAGCUGCAUUCGACGCCGAACAAUAACAGAACUAGCGCCAGGUUGUCGACGCAAACAGAUGGCGACUACCGCGCGUCAGAUAUCUGGUCCGCUAAUGCAUCGACGAUUGCUGUACCUGCCACCGCCAACUCUGAACAGUCGACAGAUCACGUCGUCAUAAAAGAGCCAGAGCGGCCAUCGACCACACAACAUGGCAAAGAUGAAGGUGCUGGUACUGGCGCUGACACCAUCGUCGACAUCGAGAAGCAAGAGCCUAAGGAGGAGGAGCACAAAGAUGAAGAUGGCAAGAUUAAUGGUCGGUCAAAGGGCAAGAUUGCCAUCAUCAUGUUGGCGUUGUGUCUUGCUGUCUUCCUGGCGGCUCUCGACGUAACCAUUAUCACGACAGCGCUGCCAACAAUCAGUGAACACUUCCAGUCAACAGCAGGAUAUACUUGGAUUGGUUCUGCCUUCUUGCUUGCAAAUUCAGCAUCGAUCCCGUCAUGGGGCAAAGUUUCCGAUAUCUUCGGCCGCAAACCUAUGCUGCUCUUCGCAAACGUCGUGUUCAUGGUGGGAUCUUUGGUUGCAGCACUCUCCAACAGCAUUGGGAUGCUCAUCGCAGCUCGUGCCAUCCAGGGUGUCGGUGGAGGUGGUCUCAUCAUCUUGGUCAACAUUGUCAUUGGUGACCUCUUCCCCCUUCGCAUUCGUGGAGCAUUCUACGGUGUCAUCGGUGCCGUCUGGGCUGUCGCUUCUUCCGUUGGUCCAAUCAUUGGAGGUGCAUUCACACAGGCCGUGAGCUGGAGAUGGUGCUUCUAUGUCAACCUGCCACUUGAUGGUCUGGCCUUCUUCAUCCUGCUCAUUUUCUUGGACAUCAAGACGCCAAAGACGCCUAUCAUUGAGGGCCUGAAGGCUAUUGACUGGCUGGGCUCGAUGCUCGUGGUUGGUGGAACCUUGAUGCUCCUGUUCGGUCUGCAAUAUGGUGGUGUCACUUCUCCUUGGGACUCGGCUGAAGUGUUGUGCCUGAUCAUCAUCGGAGCCUUCACUCUCUUCCUCUUCGGCAUGUGGGAAUGGAAGGGAGCCAAGUACCCCAUCAUGCCACUGCGCCUGUUCGCGAAGGUUUCAAACCUCGCGACAUUGUCCUUGGUAUUCUUGCACGGCUUUGUCUUCAUCUCCGCAUCUUACUACCUCCCGCUGUACUUCCAGGCCAUUCGAGGAGCCACGCCAAUCCUUUCUGGUGUCUACCUCCUGCCCACCGCACUGGCCUUGGCGGUCAGCUCGAUCGGAACUGGAGCGUUUGUUGCCAAAGUUGGCAAAUACCUCCCGCCAAUCUACUUCGCCUUCUUCAUGAUGACCCUUGGAAUUGGCUUGUUCAUCGACUUUGAUGCUCACAGCAGCUGGGCCAAGCUCAUCAUCUAUCAGAUCAUCGGCGGUCUUGGUGUUGGCCCAAUGUUCCAAGCACCACUCAUUGCCCUGCAAGCACACAUCAGCCCUCGAGACAUCGGAACUGGUACGGCAACGUUGGGUUUCAUCCGACAACUUGCGACCAGUACGUCAGUCGUCAUCGGCGAGGUCGUCUACGCCAACCAGAUGGAGAAGAAGGCUGGCCAGCUCCGCGCUGCUCUCGGUCCACAACAAGCGCAAUUUGUCACUGGCGGCAAUGCUGGCGCAAGUACACAGUUCAUCGACCAGCUUGGACAGCCUCAGAAGAACAUCGUUCGUGAAGCCUUCGCCGACUCGCUCAUGCCCAUGUGGAUUAUGUACACAUGCUUCUCAGCUCUUGGCCUGAUCGUGAUGUUCUUCGUCAGGCCCAAGGAGCUCACGCGUGAGCAUGUGGAGACCAAGACCGGAAUUGAGGCUGAAAGGGCCAAUGCCGAAGCUGCCGCAAUGGAGAGAGAAGAGAAGCGGGCUUCCAAGCGUAUGAGCAAGGCCAGUCUCGCACAUCCCAAGCGUCAGAGCAAGUUGAGCUUUACCAGCGGCAAGGCCAGUCACAGCCAGCCGGAUGUCCCUCGAAGCAGACCAGUUUCCUCGGAAUACAGCGCUGGCGUGGCUGAGGAUAGCAAGGAGAAGCUCAGCGAGGAAGUUCCUCCAGUUCCUCAGAUUCCACCGAAUCUCGAGCGUCCAAGGCAGUAACGGAUUUCCACGGCCGCAUAUCAUGUCAGCAUCGGCGAUAGAAAGCGUUCCAGCAUUUGCAACAUCUCGUAUCAGCCACUUUACUAUGUUUUCUGCUGCUAGAAAGGAGUUCGGGGAAAGGAGGUCGAAUUUGCAUUACACUUUGUACCAGCAUAUCGGACAUCAAGGGUGCUUGUGAAGUUUGCAAUAAACUUUGGAUGGACAAGACAGGGUUUUAGGAAUUUGGACCAGAAUCUCGGGCAUACAGAUUGCAUCGUUGACCAGGCUAUGAGAUACCAGAUAUUUUACGACUAUGAUAUGUAUAAGAAGUAUCUAAUUUUUAUCAAG